CAUCGCCAAUAUCAAUGCAUUGGUUUUCAAUUCUCCUCGCUUUUAGCUUAUUGAUUAUUGUUUGCGAAUCAUUCAUUGGUCAGCAAAAAGUGAUUACCAUUAAGCUUCAUAAAUCUAAGAUUUAUGGAUUGCACCGUGCCGUGCGACAGAGAAUUAUCAAGUGCUGUGGCAGGAAUUCUUGCUCACCAACUAAAAGCGGAAAUUACACCCGAAACUCGUCGGCCAAGUAUUUGAUUACUCCUACAGGGGCUGGAAGUGGAAUAAUCCAAAGAGGUACUUCGGAACUGGCAACCACAAUUUCAAACAGCGGCAGCAAUGUGAUUGAUUCAGGCAGCGGAGCAGGAAAUUCUGAAUCUGGUGCCCCGUCAGACUCAUCUGGUGGAGGGUCAGCCGACUAUGGAACUGGCUCGAUAGGUGAAAUCAACAAUUCUGGAGGCGGCGGUGCCGCAGGAGGUGCUGGUUCAGGGAUGACAACCACCGCCGCGGGGGUGGGUUAUACAGGAGACUACGGAGAUGCAGGAUCUGACCCGGCUGACGGUGGCGGUUCUGCACCUGGAAGCGAUCCAGGUGCCGGCUCUUCUGCACCCUCAGACGGUUCGGCUGGUGCCCCUGGAGACACAAUUGCGAAUUCAGGGCCAGGUGGAGGUGCAACAACAGGCAGUAGUGGGGCUGCAAGUGGCGCAGGAAGCGCAUCUGAUUCAAGUAGUGCUGCAGCUUCCCAGAGUAAUGGGGAUUUGACCACUCAAGGCAAUGCUGGAAUCUCGACAACUCAGGGAAGCAGCGGAGGUUCAGCAACACAGGGAAGUGCUGGCGUUUCAACUACACAGCACGUUGGUGGAGGAUUUGCUGCUGAAGUUGGUGUUUCGACUACUCAGGAUGGUGGAGGAACUACGACUACUCAAGGUGGUGGAAGAGGUUCGACUACUCAGGGUAUCGGCGGGGGUUCGAAUACUCAGGAUAGUGGUGGAGGCUCGACAGCACAAAGUACUGGUGAUGUUACAACAACUAAAGGUGAUGGAGGUGGCUCAACAACUACAAGUAACUUAAGCCCUUCCGGGGCUGGAAAUCUCAGCGAUCCCACUGCUGCUGAUAAUGGUGGAUGGACAUCUCCUCCACCAAACAGUGCUACCGUUGUGCCUAAAUCGAAUCCUUGCAUGGAUGGAUGCGUUUUGCCGUGCAACAAAAACCCGGACUAUUUUCCUGAUGGAGUCACUCUGAAAGUCCCCACUGGAAAGGGGAUAUUAAAAUCAGCUUGUGGGAAAAAAUAUUUCUUUAGCACUGAAAAACUAAACCACACGAUGGCUUUCCAAGCCUGCUGUGCCUUGGGCAUGGUACUGAGCUCUUUUGAAACCAGAUCGGAGCAGGACUGUCUCAUCAAAUAUAAUGAUGAUGUGAUGCGACUCCUAUCAACAAAUUACUGGCUUGGAGCAAGUGACAGGUUAUGCCAAAAAAAAUUUGAGUGGUGUACUGGAAAUACAAUUGAUGUAUCCGCAUAUCGAUGGAUACUUAGUCAGCCAAACUACUCUCGCGACCAAUAUUGCAUGGAAAUGACUAUUGGAAUUGGUUUUUUUGGCUUCCCUGGAAUCAGUGGAUUGAAUGAUUGGGAAUGCUAUGAAUCUCUGAAUUAUUUGUGUGAGCAAACUCCUUAACGUACCGAAAAAUAAAUAUCGG